AUGUCCUUCCGCGAGGACACGCGAGAAGUGUGCAUGGGCUGCUCAGGCAAACAGCUGCCCCUGGACAGCGAGGACUCCGAGGGUCCUUUGUCGCAUGCUCCGAGUUCAAGAUAUUUUUCCCAGAAAUCUCACUGGGGCGCCAUCGCCCUGAUCUCCGGGGUGCUGCUGUGCGUGACCUAUGCAGGCCUCUCUGCAGGGCACCUGGUGCCUCGACCUCAGGAACUCCUGCGAAAUACGGAGGAAACGCUAUGGGCCAACAACCCAGGCAAAUGCGGGGGAAAGCUGAAUUUGAAGGAUUUCGCUGAGUAUUACAUGAUCACGGCCAGCAUGAACAAACCGGACGACCCGGCCUCCCGCUCCCUGCACGCCCACGGCGACGCGGUGCACGUGGGGAUGAAGAGCCGGGCCUACUUCGGGGACAGCUGCGCGGAUGGCAACUUCCAACAGGCGGAGUACAUGAAGGUGAAUUGGAUGGGUAAACGCUUGAGCUACACCGUGGACCUUUCCCAGGUGAACUGCGGAUGCAAUGCGGCGCUUUACCUUGUCUCGAUGGGAUAUUCUGAAAAGGUCGGUGGCUGCAGCGAUUAUUACUGCGAUGCCAUGAGUGUUUGCGACGUCCAGUGUGCAGAAAUUGACCUCAUGGAAGCGAAUAACCGCGCCUGGCACACUACGCUGCACGAUGGCAUCAAACCAUGGGAUCCAAAGGUGGGCUGUGGAGGCGCAGGAUACACCGUGGCGGGGAAGCAAUGGCUUGGACCGAGGGAUUGGUCGCCGGAGCAGUACGGGCCGGGGGCCAAAUGCAUCGACACAUAUCAACCGUUUGAGGCUUCAUUGGAUUUCCUGGUGGACGAGGACCAUUGGAAAAUGAAGAGCAUCAACGUCUUCUUAACUCAAGGCCGGUGCCGCCUGCACGCCAGCACGGAGCAGUUCGCAGACAUCUUUCCCACGCUCACCAAGCGGCUGAACGAAGGGAUGACCCUGGUCAUCAGUUAUUGGCAGGAUCCUGGCAUGACGUGGUUGGACGGUGCUGGAUACGACGGCCAAGAAUUCUGCAAGGCGGCCUGGGAGAAGGAUGGAAAGCGAGAGUGUGGUCCGUCGGUGACCUUUAAGGAUUUCAAGGUCACUCAUCUUCCGAGAAAUUACGCAGCGAUGCGCAAAGCCCUGGACAGCAAUGUAACCAUGGAAUGGCUGGAUGAAUGA